AGCCCACCAGGAACGAAAGAGAGCUCCAUCUGCCCUCCAGGAACAGCCAUGAAGUUCUUCUCAAGCGCCUUCCUUCCAGUUGCCUUCUUGGGGCUGCUCCUAGAGGUGGCUACUGCCUUCCCCACCUCAGAACUUCCCAGAGAAGAUGUAGAGGAGGGUGUCACUUCAAAUAAACCAAUGCGUACCACUUCAGAAAAAACCGGAGAACAGAUUUCCUACCUCAUCAAGGAAGUCUUCGAACUGAGAAAACAGCUGUGCAAGAAUGAUGAAACCUGUAUCAAGAGCCAGGUUGCAGUGUCCGAAAACAAUCUGAACCUUCCAAAGAUGACCGAAAAAGAUGGAUGCUUCCAAACUGGAUACAACCGGGACAAUUGCCUUGUAAGAAUCACCUCUGGGCUUCUGGAGUUUCAGAUCUACCUGAAGUACAUCCAGAACAAGUUUCAGGAUAGCAAGGACAAUGACAGAGCCCAACAUGUGCAGUACAGUUCCAAAGCCCUCAUUGAGAUCCUGAAAGAAGAGGUGAAGAAUCCUGAUAAAAUAAUCUUCCCUAGUCCAACUGCAAAUGCCAGCCUGAUGGAAAAGCUGGAGUCACAGAACGACUGGCAGAAGAUCAUGACCAUACAACUCAUCUUGAGCAGCCUUGAGGAUUUCCUGCAGUUCACCAUGAGGGCUGUUCGGAAAGCAUAGUGUGGGCAUCUAAGCUUAUUGGUUUAUGGGCAUUCCUUCCUAUGGUCAGAAAACAUGUCCUGUCCACUGGGUACCUACCUUAUGUUCUCUACGAAGAACUGACAGUAUGAGCGUUAGGACACUAUUUUAAUUAUUUUUAAUUUAUUGAUAAUUUAAAUAUGAGAUUUGAGUUAAUUUAUGUGUGAUUGAUAUUUAUAAUUUUAUGAAGUGCCACUUGAAAUAUUAUAUGUAAUGGUUUUGAAAUGAUAAUAUAAAAGUCUAGGCAGUUUGAAUAUCCUGCUUCAGAGCCAGAUCAUUUCUUGGAAUGUGUAAGUUUACCUCAAUAAAUUGCUAAUUUAUACACGUUUUUAAAGAAAUAUUUGUGUUGUGUUUUUAUAAUGUUCAAACUGUCUUUAUACCAAAAAAAUCACAUUCUUUUUAAAAAAUUGGCAAUUAAGCCUACGUGUGUUAUAUGAAGCUAAAUAAAAGUCCAAAUGACUACAAAAUGGUAAGCAAUGAAAGAGCA